CAAACGCACACAAAUCUCAUUCAUCUGCAAUGUCGGACUACCUCCCAGAAGAUGUUUAUUUCAAAAUCCUAUCAAGAUUGCCGGCGAAAUCGUUGAUGCGAUUCAAGUGCGUCUCAAAACGGUGGCGUUCUCUCAUCUCCGACUCCCAUUUCGCCAAAACCCAUCUCCACCAAACCCUGACCCACGGCUUCCUCGUAUGCACCUCCCCUCACAUCCCCCAGCUCGAAUCUUCCGUCUUGGAAUCUCCGUCAUUCGGCGACCGCUCUUCCGCCCGAAAGCUGGCCUUCCCGUCCAAACUAACGGAGGAGGAGGAGGAACGCUUGCAUGUCAUGUUACUCGGUUCAUGCAACGGUUUUGUUUUCGCCUGUCUCCGGCGGCUUCGUAAUCCGUGUCGGAAUUACUCAAUCUGGAACCCCACGACCGGGUUCUUCAUGGAUCUACCCGACCCGAAAUUUCCUGAUGACGAAGAGGACGAGUUUUUCCAUCGCCUCGAUCAUCAUGGCAUUGGUUAUCUGCAGGAAACCGACGAGUAUAAAGUUGUGGUAUCAGCGGCUGGCUGGAAUAUUAUGAAGGUGUUGUCGCUGAGGGAUCAAAAUUGGAGAGAGAUAACAUAUCCGCAUAUGUUUGUGCAUGAGCCUGAAGGGGUUGGACUACACGAGACGCUGUACUGGGUUGCUUCCGACAAUGAACCAGAUCCCGUACGGGAGUCUGAACCCUACCUGAUUGCUUUCGAGCUGAGAAAUGAAGAUUUUCGGAUAAUGCAGCUUCCUAUGGCUUCCAUUGCAGAAGAUGAGAAUCUGGCGCUGUUUUCGUGGAGAGGGUGCCUGUGUUUAUGGGUGUAUCGGACUCGUUCUGCGCAGACUGUGCAGUGUUGGGUGAUGGAAAAGUGUGGAGAUGCUGAUUCUUGGACCAGGAGUUAUAAAUUUGGUGUUCCCAAUCCGCCAGUAUGGACCAGGUAUCUGAGACCGCUGUUGAUCACUGAAAACAGUAGAGUUCUCGUGAGGUAUUCAGUUGAGAAUUCGUCAAAAAUAUUGGAGUUGGUCAAAGUUGUUGAUAAAGAAGAGAAUCAAGAAGAGGAGGUGGUUACUUAUAUGCAUGGGUGGCACGGGAGGAGAUUUCAGUGGGGGAGUCUUAUGAUUGUAUACGAUGAGACUUUAUUUUGCAGUGUGAUGGUGGAACCAAAGCAGCCAGAGAGAAAGGGCAAGAAACUGAAAACGCAGCACCAGGGCCUCACAAAGCUCAAAUGAACAUAAUGGAAUAAUUUUCACUCCGGCAUGCUGGCUCAAAGAUAGUAGCCUGGAUGACAAGUCUUCCUUGUUGGUCAUUGAUUUCUGUGGUAAAUGUUGUGAACAUAUGUUAUGGUAUGCUAGUCUGCAGGGACUGUAAAUUCUCUUCUGGUUGGUUACUCCUUUGACUCUUAUGAUUUUGUAAAUUACAUAUCAAGUAAGCUUUUUGCUGGAUACAUCUGAUGUAUUUUGAAAUGGAAAACUGAAUUUCCAUUUGUACUUGG